AUGGUUCAUCUCUCCAACUUCAUCGGCACGAUUGUUGCAGCUUCUUUUGUUGCCCCUUCUCUCGCCCACCCUGGAGAACAUCACGAUCACCAUGCCAUAAAGGCUCAAGUUCAAGCCCGCGAGCGGCUUGCUGCCAGAGUCAGACGCUCCAUCGAUGCCUGCAGUGAAAGCAGCGAGCAUCUUCAAGUAUCUGCUCGUUCUGCUGCUCGUCGCUCAAAGGUUGUCAAAGACCUUCGUGAAAAGCGUGCCAUCACUGCUUCUCCUCAAAAGUUCAAGCGUGACCUGGCCACCCUUGAGAAGUUUGACGCUCUUGACCACAACCGUACUGAUGACUUCCACUACGGCAUGCAUACACCCGAGCACAUUGUCUUCGGCGCCAACACUAGCUGUGUUUUGAGCCCAGAAGUUACCGAUGGUCCUUACUAUGUCACUGGCGAACAGAUUCGUAGCAACGUCAAGGAGGAGCUCUACUGUGAUGGUGUCGAUCUCUUCCUCGAAGUCCAGUACAUCAACAUCCAUACUUGCCAGCCUGUACCUGACGUCUGGGUUGAUAUCUGGAACGCAAACUCGACAGGUGUUUAUAGCGGGAUAUCGACAUCGGGCAACUAUGCAUCCGGUGGCUAUAACUCGACUUACCUUCGGUACUUGGAUUUCUCUUAUCAGCCUCAUGAUCAACGUUCUGACUGUGUUCUAGUGNGUAUUCAGCCAACUGAUCGUGACGGUGUCGUCCAUUUCGAAACCAUCUUCCCUGGGCAUUAUGAUGGUAGGANNUUAUUGAAGUCCUUGUCUGUACGCAUACAUUUAGCUGACUCUAUGUACUCAGGUCGGGCCACUCACACUCACCUGCUCUCACAUAUGAAUGUCACCCGCUUCCGCAACAACACCAUCUCUGCCAACAACAACAUUACUCACAUCGGCCAACUCUUUUGGAACACCGAGCUACGCGAGGCAGUCGAACAAGUUUAUCCGUACAACACCAACACUCAAGCUAUUACUAGCAACGCAGACGAUAUGUGGGACAUCGUCGCUGCCGGCACGACUUUCGAUCCAUUCCCGGAAUACAUCUAUCUUGGCGAUGAUUUGUCCGACGGUCUCUUCGCUUGGAUCCAGAUCGGCAUCGAUCCCACCGCUAACUACAUUGACGACGAAUAUUAUUCCGUCGCUGCUUAUCUGGAUGCUGAGGGUGGGCAUGCUUCUUCGAGUUCCUUUGUUGGCGGUGGUAGUGGUGGUGAGGGUAUGGGUAAUGGCACUUUCCCUGGCAACGGUACUGGCGCUGCAAACACGACAUCGGCUUGA